UAUUUCUAGUUCAGAGAAAACAAAAUUAUACAUGUUCAUAAAAUGAAUCAUUUUUUUUAAAAUUCUUUCAAAUUAUAUUUUUAUUAUAAAUGUCGAACUCCACAGAAUUUAUUGAAAAUGCCGUUAAUGCGGCAAAAAUUGCAGUGAAGUUUGAUCAAGAUGGUCAAAUAGAACCUUCUGUUUAUUAUUAUGAAGCUGCUACAAAUUUAUUACAUCAAGCUAUUGAUCUGAUAGAGGAAGAAGACAAGAAAGUGCCUUUAAUUAAGAAGGCAACAGAGUAUAAAACUCGAGCAAACUUCAUUAAAGCAAAUGCACAAGUAGACAAGAAAACAAUUUCAGAUUUUAAAGAAGAAAAUGACAAAAAAAUUGUUAUAAAACAGUGUCAUUUUUUAUUACAACAGGCAAUUGAAGUAGAUGAACAGAAUGAAGUGCAAAAUGCAAUUGAUUUAUAUGCAAAUGCAGUUGAAUAUGUCACUAAGUAUCCAGAAUUAAUACAAGGAGAACUGAAACAACUUACAUUGAAGGCCAUAGAAAGGGCAGAAUAUUUGAAAGGAACACUUAAGAAAAUAUCAACUGAAGAUGUAGAUUUAGUAGGUAAUUUUAGUGCAGACUCAGAUAUAAGAAAAAAUGAUGCGAACCAAACAUCAAAUUCAAAAAAUCCCAAGCUUCAUUUACACCGAGGAAAUAGUGCUCAUUUACAAGUUUCAGGACAAGAAACAUAUACAGAACAAGAAAAAGGUGUACUUUUGCAUACUUCCAAAAUAAAUGGAAUUGAUUACGUACCCUUUAUGAGUAUAGAUUUAAAUGAAAGAUUCCAGUACUUAAUACCUUUUUCCGAUAAAAAUGGGUAUUUACAAUUAUCACCGAAACAAAAACGUGAUUUUUAUAAGUUUUUGCGUCUAGACGAAUUAACUGCAGAACCAUGUAUUGUCCACGGAAGCUGUCCUUCAUACCUAAACAUUAAGCAAACUGUUAUAUCCGAUUGCUCGUUUGUUGCAAGUCUUGCUGUGAGCGCUCAUUAUGAAGCAAAAUUUGGGAAGAAGUUGGUUACUGCGAUCAUUUAUCCCCAAACAAAAAAUAAAAAACCGCUAUAUAAUCCUUUUGGAAAAUAUAUGAUAAAACUUCAUAUAAAUGGGAUACCACGAAAAGUUAUAAUAGACGAUUAUCUUCCAGUUGAUAGACAUGGACGACCGCUCUGUUCUUAUUCGAGCAAUAAAAACGAGUUUUGGGUGUCCUUACUAGAGAAAGCAUACAUGAAAGUUAUGGGCGGUUAUGAUUUUCCAGGAAGUAAUAGUAACAUUGAUCUUCAUGCCCUUACAGGAUGGAUACCCGAAAGGGUUGGUAUUCGUCUUCAAGAAGCCGAUUUUAAUAAAGAAUCAUUAUUUAAUACUUUAGAAUCCAGAAUGAGUAAGGGUGACGUGCUACUAACCGUAGCAACAGGUGAACUUUCCGAUUUAGAAGCUGAAAGAAGUGGCUUAGUUGCCUCGCAUGCAUAUGCUGUAAUGGAUGUUAGAACCGUAAAUGGAGUAAAGCUUCUAAAAUUAAAGAAUCCCUGGUCACAUUUAAGAUGGCGCGGAAAUUAUUCAGAACUCGAUGUUCAACAUUGGACUCAAGAGUUACAGAGUUUAUUAGACUAUGAUCCACAUAGCGCUGCACAGUUUGAUAAUGGUGUAUUUUGGAUUGAUUACGAUAGUUUACUUCGCUUUUUUGAAGUAUUUUACAUGAAUUGGAAUCCAGAACUAUUUAAAUACACGUACUGUAUACACCAGAUGUGGCCUGCUGGUACUGGACCGGUUAAAGACUUAUAUACUGUUGGUUUAAAUCCGCAAUUUUCUUUAAAUGUGACUGCAGGUGUUACUGGAACUGUGUGGAUUUUAUUAACACGACAUAUUACAGAUAUAAACGAUUUCAGACACAAUAAGGAAUUUAUUACGUUAUUUGUCUACAAGAAUGGUAAAAAAGUAUACUAUCCCUAUGAUCCUCCCCCGUUCAUAGACGGAGUUAAAAUAAACAGUCCACAUUAUUUAUGUAAGAUAAUACUGAAUCCUGAAAGCAGCACAAAUUACACCAUAGUAGUAUCACAAUAUGAGAAGAGUACAACGAUUUAUUAUACACUGCGAGCUUACGCCUCAUGUCCAUUUACAUUAACUGCGAUUAAAGAUCCAUAUACAGCUGAUAAAGAGGUGACAGGGGAAUGGAAAGGAACUUCAGCAGGUGGCUGUCCAAAUCAUCCUGGAACAUAUCCGAAUAAUCCGAGAUUUAGGCUUGAAGUGGAAGGUGAUAUGAACCAAAUAUUAUUAGAACUUAAAGGACCAAAACAAUAUCAAAUUGGUCUGGAAGUCAUAAUAAAACAGUUACGCGAUAGUACUGUAACAGCUCCUUUUAGAUCCAAGUUAUCCGGAUCAUAUAGAUCGGGAUAUGUAGUUUUGGAAUUAACAAAUAUUCCGGCUGGUCUAUUGGAAAUUAUACCAUCAACAUUCCUUCCAAAUCAAGAAGGACCUUUUAUUUUAAGCGUUAAAUCAUCUACCCCACUUAAAUUAUAUAGGCCUUAAACCAUCAUUUUCAACAGUAGUUUUAUUGCACUACUUGGACGCCUUAAAAUUGAAUAGUUUUAUAUUUAUGUGUUCCAUCACAUCUUUUAUUAAUAGUUUAUUGAUUUAUUUAUAAACGUUUUUAUGUAUAAUUAUAUUUUUUAUUACAAUGAUAUA